ACUCGUCCAACUGACAAGCCCCUUCGUCUACCCCUCCAAGAUGUCUACAAGAUUGGCGGUAUUGGUACUGUACCUGUUGGCCGAGUGGAGACUGGUGUUCUGAAACCAGGCAUGGUGGUCACCUUUGCCCCAGUCAAUGUUACAACUGAAGUAAAGUCUGUUGAAAUGCACCAUGAAGCUCUGAGUGAGGCUCUGCCUGGGGAUAACGUUGGUUUCAAUGUCAAGAACGUGUCUGUCAAAGAUGUCCACCGUGGUAAUGUGGCUGGUGAUAGCAAGAAUGACCCACCUAUGGAAGCAUCUGGCUUCACUGCACAGGUCAUCAUCCUGAAUCAUCCAGGCCAAAUCAGUGCUGGGUAUGCACCUGUACUGGAUUGCCUCACUGCUCACAUUGCUUGCAAAUUUGCUGAACUGAAGGAGAAGAUUGAUCGUCGUUCUGGUAAGAAGCUGGAAGAUGGCCCUAAAUUCCUGAAAUCUGGUGAUGCUGCCAUCGUUGACAUGGUUCCAGGCAAGCCCAUGUGUGUGGAGAGCUUUUCUGAUUAUCCUCCUCUGGGUCGUUUUGCUGUUCGUGAUAUGAGGCAGACUGUUGCAGUUGGUGUCAUCAAGGCAGUUGACAAGAAGGCUGCUGGAGCUGGCAAGGUCACAAAAUCUGCCCAGAAGGCCCAGAAGGCUAAAUGAAUAUUCUGUACAACACCUGCCACCCCAGUCUUAAUCAGUGGUGGAAGAACGGUCUCAGAACUGUUUGUCUCAAUUGGCCAUUUAAGUUUAAUAGUAAAAGACUGGUUAAUGAUUACAAUGCAUCGUAAAAGCUUCAGGAGGAAAGGAAUGUUUUUGUGGACCAUUUGUUUCGUGGCAGUUUUAAGUUAUUAGUUUUUAAAAUCAGUAAUUUUUAAAUGGAAACAACUUGACCAAAAAUCUGUCACAGAAUUUUGAGACCAUUAAAACAGUUUAAUGCGAAAAAAAAA